AUGAAAUAUAUUUUUAAAAAUAUUAUUGGUGAAGGUGCAUGCGGAAAAGUAUAUAAAGCUUUGGAUUCUUAUAAUAAUCCAGUAAGUAUAAAAAUUAUACCGAAGAAUAAAAAAUCUUACAAUGAAAUAAAAAUCUUAUCAUCUGUAAAUCAUGAUAAUAUUUGUAAAUAUUUAGAUGUAUACGAAUCAUUAGAAAAUCUUUAUCUAGUAACUGAAUUGUGCGAAUAUAAUCUUAUAACAUUUAUUAACGAAUAUAAUGUAGAUAUUAAUAUAACUAAAAAGAUUAUUCGUAUGAUAUUGUGUGGACUAGAAUACUUGCAUUCAAAUAAUAUUAUACACAGAGAUAUUAAAUUGGCUAAUAUUCUUAUAAAAGAAAAUUCGAUAAAAAUUUGCGAUUUUGGCUUAAGUUGCUACGCAUCAAAAAAUAACUUUUCUGUUUGUGGUACAGAAGAUUACAUUGCACCUGAAAUAAUUAACAAAGAAAGUUACACUAAAAGUGUUGAUAUAUAUUCUGCUGGAAAAGUUUUCUCGACAUUACUAGAUUUAAAAAAUGUAACAGAUCCUUGUUGUAAUGAUUUACUUGGUAGAAUGUUGGAUGUAAAUCCAGUUACACGUAUAACGGCGUAUGACGCUUUGCAUCAUCCCGUUUUUCAAGACUUUUUGCCUAAAUAUUGUGAUUUUCGAUAUUUAAAUGAUUUUAAAGUCGAUGAAAAGUUCGGAAUUAUUCAAAAAAUUAACGAUAAAGUGUAUUUUGACGAAAUCAGUUUACAAGUAUCUGAUACAAAUACUAAAAAUAUAACAGACAAUACAGCAUUUUUUUGUGAUAAAUCAAAGGUUAAUACACAGAAAUUGAAAUUAUGUUAUUUAAAACAUGAUGAAAUAGAAGAAUUGCAUUUUAUUUUUAAGCUUAAUGAACAAGAAAAAGAGAUUUUUUUGUUUACUAAUGCCCACUUAAAAAAAAUUAUUUACGGAUUGGCUUACCUUAAUUUGAAAAUGGAAAGACUUCCUAUUAUUUUAAUCGAAGAAAAAGACUAUAAAUUUGUUUAUCAACUGAAUGAAGGAUUCAUUUAUUAUGACGCCAAUUUUAUUGUAAAGAAAAAACAUACGAAAGCAAAAAAGUCGUUUUUUUAUGAAGUAGCAGAUCUAGAAAAUAAAACAAAGAAGAAAUGUGACAUUUUACCAAAAGAAAUACAAGAAAAAAAGAUCUUUGAAUUAUUUUAUAAGUGUCAAAGAAACAUAAUUAACAUUGAUUACAAAAAUCUUCCGCUAAAAUUAAAUAAUGAGAAAUUAGAGUAUCCAUUUGCAUUUAAAAAUUCUACGAUUUCUAUGGGGACUUUAAGUUCUGUUGGUAGUUUCAUGGACAUGAAAAUACGAAAUGAAAUUUUCUAUAAAUUUAAAAAUAAUUUAGGCUGGUGUAUCAAAAAGAAAACAAAUUUUAUUUUUUUACUUAAUGAUGGACGAUGCUUUGAAAUUGAGCUAUCAAAGAUGUUAGUUAAAUACAAUAACAAGAAUUAUGAAAUUAAUAAUAGACUGCCUAUGUAUAUAAAAAAAGACUUGAAACGGAUCAAUGAUUUAGUAAAAUUGUAUUUAUAA